AAAUGGCUGUUAAGGAUGCUCUUGCUUUGGUUGCAGGUUCGUGAUAUUUUCUCGAAAGCCACUGCUGCAGCACCAUGCCUUCUCUUUUUUGAUGAAUUUGAUUCCAUUGCCCCAAAAAGAGGGCAUGACAAUACUGGUGUUACUGAUCGUGUUGUUAAUCAAUUUCUCACGGAAUUAGAUGGUGUUUUCGUAUUCGCUGCAACAAGUAGACCAGAUCUACUUGAUGCUGCAUUGCUCAGACCUGGUAGGUUAGAUCGUCUUCUUUUCUGCGAUUUUCCAUCUCUGCAGGAGAGGUUAGACAUCCUUAAGGUUCUUUCCCGAAAGCUACCGAUAGACAAUGAUGUUGACUUAGAUGCCAUCGCACGUAUGACAGAAGGAUUUAGUGGAGCUGACCUACAAGCUCUUCUAUCAGAUGCACAACUUGCGGCAGUUCAUGAACAUCUGAGUGCAGACAGCAGCAAACAUGGGAAAAUGCCAGUCAUAACUGAUGCCUUGUUGAAGUCCAUUGCUUCCAAAGCAAGACUAUCCAUUUCUGAAUCUGAGAAGCGGAGACUAUAUGGUAUUUAUAACCAGUUCUUGGAUUCAAAGAAAUCUGCUGCCGCCCAGUCAAAGGAUGCAAAGGGCAAAAGGGCUACUCUAGCAUGAUGAAUAGCCAGAUACAGCUAGCUAGUCGCGUUCAAUGAGUUAGUUGGUGUGGCACUACUUUUCAGUAUUGACAAACAGUUGGUAUGGGAAAAAAAAAGCCACGAUACUUCCGAAUCAAUUUUAACAGAGAUCUUACAUUACAUUCCAUCUUCUCCAUUGUAGAAAAUUAGAUAUAGAUUUAUUAUUUUCCAACUCUUUGUAUGAUGUAUAAUUUUCUAUUAAGAUGGAUAUAACUACUGCUAUAUAUAUAUACUCUGAAUCAUUUGUAUUAAUCUGAGAUCUGAGAUCAACUUUGAACCAACCAAGUUUGAUAUCAGAUAAAAGUCAUAUGAUCAAAAGAAAUGUUUGAA